GUCAUUGAAGGAGUUUGAUUCGAGACGCUUGGCAUAUGGUCUAGGACCGAAUUCAAAAAGCAUAAGGGACGAUCCAAAUCUAGGUUCGAGACACUUGGUGGACGAUCUAAGGCGAGACUCGAGAGGCUCGAGAUUCAAGCUUGAUCGGAUUUAG